AAGUAAAAAAAACUUAUACUCGUAUUAACAUUGAUUAUGAUUAAUUGAAACUUGCUCAGUAAUCAAACUACAUCAUCAUCUUAAUCAUCAACAUCAGUGUGAACAUUACAAUGGUUUAAUCAACAGACACAUUUACUUUGAUUUAAUAUAUAUAAGAACAAGAAUCAAGUUAAUUUAGUUUGACUCUUUUAAUUUAGUUACCAACAACAACUUUUUUUUGUCUCAGUUUGUGUGUUAACAAUUGAAUUUAAUCAACAGCGAAACAAAAUAAACAAAUUGUUCAUGUGAAUUAAACAAUUGUGAUAAUAUUUACAAUUUAUAUUUUAUAUAUUAUAUUUUUUCAUUGGAACAAUUAAGAAAAAUAGAAUUGAAUUAAUUAAUUCUAAUCUUGAAAAGAAUUAUUUUUUUUCUCUCUCUCUCUCUCUCUCUCUCUCAGUGUUUCCAUUUUAGAUUUUCUAAUUCAGUUUUAAUUGUUUGUUGAUUGUUGAUACAUUUUAGUGAAUUUUAGAUUCUCAUUUGAUUUGGUUAACUAAUUUGUGUCCAAACGAAAUCGAUAAUAAUUAUGAUUCAAUUAACUCGGUGUUUCUCAAUUGUUUUAUUAACAAUUCUAAUUAUCGUUGGUUACCUUUGCCCGCCACUUACUCCGCUUCCUCAACGAACCGGGUCAGAGUUCAUCCAUCAACGGAUCUUAAGGUCACAACGAAUUCAAAAAUGUGGCCGAAGCUUAAUGGAUAUUCAUCAAUUGAUCUGUUCGGGUGCCGCUCCAAGUAAACGGAACCUUAAUGAAGAGACAUGGUUGUUACAGGCAAAUUUAGGACCUUGGCCGAAAGAUUUGUUACUCGAAAAGUCGGACGAUGAUAAUGACCUGGAAUCGAAUGAUUUUCUCGAUUCUAAAACAGCUUUGGCUCUAUUUGGUUCGAGUCGUGGGUCGGGUCGCGGUGGACCAAGUGAGGAUAGUCAGUUAUUUUUCAGAAGUCUUCGUGCCGAAGGUCACAAAUUGGUCGAGGAGUGUUGUCACAAAUCGUGUUCACUUGAUGAACUGAGAGCCUAUUGUCGUCCACGUAGAUGAAUUAUGGUUAUUGACAAUUAACUUAACCAAUUCUUCAAUUAAAAAGACGAAGAUCAACAACUAAGUCAAUUAAAAAACAAACAAUUAACUUUAUUCCUUCAAAUCUACUCUAAUUACGAAUUUAACAAACCUAAUACUUACAACACAAUUAACUAGAAAAUUAUCAUUUUAAUCAAAGGAAAAUUGAUUCUCCCUCUCUCAAAGUGACCAAUCAAUCCUCACAAUUUAAAUCCAAUCCAAGAAAAUCAAUUAAUUCACUUUCGAUCUAAAAUUGUUUACAUUUACUUUUUCGUCAAUUGUUUCAAUUGCUCCAAUUUUCAUCACUCUCCUCUCUCUCUCUCUCUCUCUCUCUUUCUCUCCCACUUUCUCUUCAUAUCUCACCAUUUCCUUUUCCUCUUUGUCCUUCACUUUUAAUCAACUAGAAAUUAAUUAAUCUCUUAAAUUAAUCUCCUUAAUCCUUUGUUCAUUUUUCCUUCUCAAUUUGAAAGUCUAAUGAACAAAUGAACACAUAAAAUAAGAAAUCCAAGCAAUCAAAUUUGAUUCGUCUUUCUAAUUAUAAAUCAUUUUCCAAUCUCACCAACAAUCAAUAAAGAGCUUGAUUCGUU